GAACCCAUGGCGGAAGCAGCCAUGGGCGCUUGCCAUCCUCGAGAGGUUCUUCGGCGUGCCCAGGACCUUCCGGGCGCACACGAGCCCGUCCCGCAAGCAGAGCGAGCAGGACUUCCAGAGCGCCCUACAGGAGGUAAGCGGCUCCACUGGGGUAACACCGAGGGCACCGCCACCGGCUCCACCAGCGG